AUGCACGUCUUCCUACUGCUCGCUUUGUGCGUCCAGCAACUGGUCGCUGUCGAGCUGGUCGUCGAUCUUGGGUAUGCCAAGUAUCGCGGAUUGGACUUUGAAAAUGGUGUUACCCGGUGGGCGGGCAUGCGGUAUGCUCGGAGUCCAUCCAGAUUGGAUGGUCUACGAUUCACAGCACCUCAAGAUCCGCUGCCAGACAAAAGUACAGUCGACGCGACCGAGUUUGGACCUCUCUGCAUUGGAACGAACAACCCCGUGCUCUACGAGUUUGGCGGGAAGUGGUCCGAAGACUGUCUGUUCGCCAACGUCUUUGCCCCUAGCAAAGCAACGACGAAGAGCAAAUUGCCCGUUUAUGUUUUCAUUCAGGGCGGCGGUUUCAAUAACAACGGCAACGCGAACUUCAACGGAUCCGAUCUUGUUCGCGCCUCUGGCGAACGGAUUGUGGUAGUCAACUUCAACUAUCGCGUUGGUCCCUACGGAUUCCUGGCCAGUGAAGAAGUCGUGGCCAACAAGAGUCUGAGUUUGAACAAUGGUUUGAAGGAUCAACGUCAGCUUUUGAAAUGGGUGAACACGCACAUUGAUCAGUUUGGGGGUGAUCCUGGACAUGUUACUCUGGGCGGUGCCAGCGCUGGCGCUGGCUCGGUCAUAAUGCAACUCACUGCCUAUGGUGGACGUGACGACAAGCUCUUCCAGGCCGCAACAGUCGAAUCUCCAGCAACACCGACGCUGCGCAAUGUAUCCGAAAGUCAAUUCCAAUAUAAUGCGCUCCUCAAGCAAACCGGCUGCAAGGACCUUACAUGCCUAACGACCAUGGACGCCGUCAACUUCCAGAAGGCAGUACGCAACCUGAACAUACCUUUCCCAGGCGCGAAGAAUCCACCAAUCUAUCCGUUCAAUCCUACUGUGGACCACGACUUCAUCCAGGACUAUACGUACAAUGAAUUCAAAAACGGCCACUUCGUCAAAGUGCCCACCAUUAUCGGCGACUCCACAAAUGAGGGAUUGACCUUCACGUCAAAGUCUGUUUCUUCAUUACAGAAAGCGUAUACGUUCGUUGCAGACCAAUUCACCAACCUACACGCUCAAGACCAAAAGUCUAUCGAGGGCGUAUGGCAAGGUCCGCAGGAUGUCACAAAAGAUGGUCGCUGGCGCAACAUCGCUGCAGACAUCUACGGUCAUAUCCGCUACAUCUGCCCGGGCCUCAAUUUCUCGUCCGCGUACGCAGAUGACACCUCGUUGAAUACAUGGCAAUACCGUUGGAAUGUCGGACCAGCACUACAUGUUGGCGAACUGGGUUCUAUCUGGUUCAAUGGCACGCAAGCCUCACAGGCCUUCGUCCAGCAAUACUGGAUCUCAUUCAUUCGAUCUUACAAUCCAAACAAAUACACGACGAGUUUCUGGACGGACGAUGGGGUAAAGUUGAUGAGCCCGAAGUGGGAGACUUUUGGCAAGACAGGUAACGGGAGGAGGUUGUUGUUCGAUAACAAAAACGUGGUCAAGAUGGAGAACGUGACGGAGAAGGAGACGCAAAGGUGCAAUACCCUCAUGGGAAUGGGGUUGCAGCUUGAACAGUGA